AUGACCCUGCUGAGGGACACAUGCAAUGGAUGUCGACAGAUCUCAACAUAUGCGAGAUAUCCCCGGUCAGGACUUCAGGCAAAUUCGCAGCUCGCCUCGGUUUCGACGCCAGGACUGUGUGCAGCCUCGCAGACGAAAGACACAGGACAGGACGCCACCUCGCUCGAAAGACCAAGUGUCAAUGUGGCGCAACUGAUUCGGCAAGCUCCGGAAGAACAUGCACAGACCACAUCCAGCUCGCUUCUCCUGGUCGCUGACGAGGCCACGACACCCCAUGCUCCCAAUGAUCUGGGACGCAAGCAGACGGGGCGGGGCGACAGCGACCACACAUGUGUGGGAAAGAUGCUACAAAUCCUCUUUUUAUCUUCUCACAACGGGAGUCCGACAAUGGGCCUUACGGAACUGGAGCUAUUCCUCCAGGAUGGUCGAAGGCUUGAACUGCGACCAGAAGAUGUAUCGCUGCUCUCUGGCACCGAAACUGACCGCUCCGGCGAUAUUUCUGCACUUGUGAACGGAAGGGCAAGAACCACGAACGAGAGGGACAUGUGGCUUUGCCGCCCUGUCCAGGGAGUCGGCCUCGAGCACGACGCGAUUUCAGGGAAUUGUGGUGUGUCAAUCGCGCUGCGGGAGUCGCUCGACGUGUCGGAACUGGGAUGGCUGCGCGUAUGGAAUUACAAUCGAGGGCUGUCGGGGAUAGGACAUGGUGUCAAAGAUGCUCAGGUAGUGCUUGAUGGGGAAGCGAUAUGGAAAGGAGUUAUCGCAAAGGGCUGCGGUAACCCCACCUUCGACUACUCCACCACAAUACCUAUCUUCGGCCAGGCGCCUUGUCUUGAAAUGGGAACCCCGCCUGUUGUCUGUUGGGAAGCGCUUCCGCGAGGGAAUGCACCACAUAGGGAAAACACACAAAGGUACAUCGAGAACUGCCAGCCGUCAAGACGCAGAAUGCCAAGUGCGCAGGAGCCCAUGGCCACUUCCUCUGGAUCAAAUCUACGACACGCGGAAUGCGUGGAUAUUUUGCCUGAAGUAGCAUCUGCCCAUGGAGAAUGUGGGGCUUUCAACCAAGAGUCAGCAGAGGGCGCAUCGCACUGUUCAAGUGGACGAAAUGAGGAGGAAGCAAGCACGUUGAGUCGAAGUCGCUGCGAUUCUCCCCUGCAGCUGCCAAAACGUUCGUUGAAGGCAGCAGCAGAGGAAGCAGCAUCCUCAGGGACCGAGGGACUACGAGAAGGGGACAACGGGAUAAGCCAGGCGGUGCCCUGCGCGAGUGUGCGCUCCGUUGAUGUGCGUGCAGACGGCUCGGAUGCCUCACCCAGAGUCUUCACGAGCCAUGAGCCGCCUGGAGAGUGGAGCGCAAAAGAUGAGCUGCAAACUGGGCUUCCCGGCGAUCAGGACGGAGAUCGGGAAGAUUGCUGUACAAAUCGCGCUCCCAUUUGGCUGCUGGAUUGGUCUCUGGCGACGAAAAGGAGCGACACAUGGGAUGCCAUGCCCGAACAUUCCCGAACAAAGAUGAGGCCUGUCAGCGGACGAAGAAGCAAGGCGACAAAGGGCUGUGAGGAAAAGACAAGUGAUCCCUCAAAUGAAGCGGCUGAAUCGAACUGGGCAUGCGAAAUGCCUUUUAACGUUGAAGGACGCUUAGAGAGCAAGAGGUCAUCUGGCAGACGGUCGAGGCGGGAAAAUAUCCUGGAAAAGAGCCUGGAUUCACUGAGCAUUUUCAGGAAGCAUCAGGCUGGUCGUAUUGGGAAAUGCGACUCGGAGUCUGGCAUUCAGAGCUACGCAAGAGAAGGACAAACCAGCGUCGACAAUUCACUCAACUUUAAAGAUACCUUUGCUGACGCAAAGGAGAUGAUGCGGGGCGCCGUGGGCCGCCUCAACCUGGGUGCCUUUACCAAUGAUGACGCACCUCAACGUCCCGAUUCCGGUCAAGACGAUGUGGCCAGAAUAGGAGCGGAUGCAGACGUGCAGCAUUUUGCUGAAGGAGAGAAAUCUGGUCACGAUGGCGAAGAAAUUCAGUGUCCCGCAGGCGUACUUGAAGUGCUGUCUUCAGCCGAUGAAUCGCCUCUCAUUGAAUCCGAGUCAUCCCUAGCCUGCAUGGACGCCCACAUUGGGGAUGCCUUCCCAGUCUCCUGCGACUUCGCCAUCCCAACACGGCCGUCAGGCCAAGUCGUCGAGUUGCGCAUUUUUACCACGUGGGGAGAUCCGCACUACGUGGGGCUUUCGGGUGUGGAGAUCUUCGAUAGUCUUGGACAGUUUGUGGCGAUCAAGCAUGGAGUGGGCCAGGUAGAGAUGUCUCCGGAAGGGGCAGGCGUACAUGAGAGAUAUGGGAGCGACCCUCGGACGCCUGAAAAAAUCGUGGACGGCGUAUCCAUGACGUGCGACGACUUGCACGUAUGGCUGGCGCCGUUUCCGGACGCGGGGGCAGUUUCAAUAAGGAUUGAUUUGGGGGGCGUCGUUGAGCUGGGCAUGCUGCGGAUAUGGAACUACAACAAGUCUAGGGUUCACACAUCUCGCGGGGCGCGUGAAGUGCGCCUUGCCCUGGAUGGCGGCGUGAUAUUCUGCGGGGAGAUAGGCCGCGCGCCGGGCAAUCUGGCUGAGUCGCCGGCUUGCGCGGAGUGCAUCCUGUUCACGGAAGAGGAGGCACCUCUGGCGGCUAUGGACAAGUUCGAUGACAGGUAG